CUCCAACAAUCCAUCCAUCACAUGCGAUUGCACCUUCAACAAUGCUACUACCUGCCAUAUCACCAGACUGUACUCUCUCCGUUUCUUGCUGCUCCGACGAACGCAUUCAGUUCUUUUUCGAACUUUUGAUCGGUUAUGAAGUUGCACUCUUAACUGUUUUUUCAUCUUCCCAGGAGAGUGUAUGCGCUGAACAGACAAAGGGUAUUAACGGAGGAGCUUUUGGCUUUCAAAUUCUUAAACAUACUGUGGAUGGAUCGAAAUUACUUAACCGGCCCCUUGCCGGCAUGGAUUGGGAAUUUAUCUACAUUGCAGAAAUUGUAAGCAUGGAUUCUGGUGGUCUUAUGAAAGGAUUUUACUUUACGGCUCUUGCCCACAAUGCAUUAUCUGGGCCCAUUCCCAAGGAGCUUGGAAAUCUUAAGGAGCUAACUCUGCUAUCAAUUAUUUCAAAUAAUUUCUCCGGAACACUCCCACCAGAACUUGGUAAUUUAGUCAAACUUGAACAACUUUACAUUAGCAGCUGUGGAGUUGGUGGUGAAAUUCCCUCAACGUUUGCUAACCUUGUAAACAUGCAAAUCAUGUAUGCAUCAGACAAUCCUUUCACAGGCAAGAUACCUGACUUCAUUGGCAACUGGAAAAAGCUUACCUCAUUGAGAUUUGAAGGGAACUCCUUUGAAGGUCCCAUACCAUCCAGUUUUUCUAAAUUAACCUCUCUAAAUUCUCUGCGAAUCAAUGGUUUAUCCAAUGUGAGCUCUUCUCUUGAUUUUAUUAGAAAUUUAAAGAAUUUAACUGACUUAAUUUUAAGAAAUGCACUAAUUACUGGUGGUAUUCCAUCUGACAUUGGAGAACUCCAAUCUUUACAAAAACUGGAUUUGAGUUUCAAUAACUUGACAGGCCAAAUUCCAAAUGCUUUGUUCAACAUAAGUCCUCUUGCAUACUUGUUUUUUGGAAAUAAUAGUCUGGCUGGUACCAUCCCCAGCCAAAAGAGUGAAAACCUAAUGAAUAUAGAUUUAUCUUACAAUUUUCUGUCUGGAAGCUUUCCCUCAUGGGUGGACACAAACAUACAACUGAAUCUGGUAGCCAAUGACUUCACAUUUGACAAGUCAAACAUAAGGAUUGCAUUGCCUUCAAAGAAGCUUCCCAUGCAACAAGAACUCUCCACACUAAAGAAACUUCUAGUAGAGGGAAAAGGCUUAGACAAUUAUACAAACUUCUCAAUCAAGUGUGGUGGCCCGGAGAUGACUGCUGAUGGCAUAAAAUAUGAGGCUGAAAACUCUUCUCUUGGCACAGCAUCAUUUAAUGUAGUUGGUACUGAGAAGUGGGCAGUUAGCAAUGUAGGUUUGUUUUCUGACAGAAAGAAUAUAACCUAUGUGCAAAACACCUUGGCAGAAGUGAGAUACACGAACUCGCCAAAGCUUUAUCAGUCUUCGAGGAUAUCCCCUGGAUCACUCAGAUACUAUGGCCUAGGCCUAGAGAAUGGGCCUUAUACUGUCAACUUGCAUUUUGCAGAAACAGCUUUCGAUGAUCAAAGCACACAAACUUGGAAGAGUCUGGGAAGGAGAGUUUUUGAUAUUUAUAUUCAGGGAACCAUCGCAUUUAAGGAUUUUGACAUAUCAAAAGCAGCAGGUGGGGUUGAAAGAGCAAUUACAAUGAUUUUCAAUGCUACUGUGACAGAGAACUAUCUUGAAAUUCACCUAUUCUGGGCUGGUAAGGGAACAUGCUGUGAACCAGAAAAUGGUUACUAUGGAUCAUCCAUUUCAGCAAUCAAUGUGGUAUCAAAUUUCACAUCGACAAAAGAGAAUAGGACUGGGAUGAUUGUUGGUGUUUCAGUUCCUGUCGGAGUUGUCACCUUAACCUUGAUAUUGAUAUUUGUAGCCUUCUACUUGAGAAGGGGAAAAGAUGAUGAUGAGGAAGAGCUUCUUGGAAUAGGACCCAGACCAAACACCUUUAGUUAUGCCGAGUUGAGAGUUGCAACUGAUGACUUCAGUCCCUCACAUAAGUUAGGAGAAGGGGGAUUUGGUCCUGUAUACAAGGGUAAACUUUCUGAUGGGCGAGUAGUAGCUGUUAAGCAGCUCUCAGUAGCAUCUCACCAAGGGAAGAGUCAAUUUGUUACUGAGAUUGCUACCAUAUCUGCUGUGCAACAUCGCAACCUUGUUAAACUGUAUGGAUGCUGCAUCGAAGGAAACAGACGCCUCCUUGUUUAUGAGUACCUUGAGAACAAAAGUCUAGACCAAGCACUCUUUGGAAAUAAAGACUUGCAUCUUGAUUGGCCAACCCGCUUCAGUAUCUGCCUGGCAACUGCUAGGGGACUAGCUUAUCUUCAUGAGGAAUCAAGGCUGAGGAUCGUACACAGAGACGUGAAGGCAAGUAACAUUUUGCUUGAUGCUGGGCUGUGUCCGAAAAUAUCUGACUUUGGAUUGGCAAAGCUAUAUGAUGACAAGAAAACUCACAUCAGUACCCGUGUUGCAGGAACCAUUGGCUAUUUGGCACCAGAGUAUGCAAUGCGGGGCCACCUCACUGAGAAGGCAGAUGUCUUUGGCUUUGGUGUUGUUGCUUUGGAAAUCGUCAGUGGAAGACCAAACUCUGACAACAGCCAGGAUAAUGAGAAGAUCUAUCUUCUUGAAUGGGCAUGGACUCUGUAUGAAAGCAACCAAAGUCUAGGUCUGGUGGAUCCAACCCUAGUGGAGUUUGAUGAAAAUGAAGCUUUAAGAAUGAUAAGGGUAGCACUCCUGUGCACCCAGGCAUCACCAAUGAUGCGACCACCCAUGUCAAGGGUUGUUGCUAUGCUUGCUGGGGAUAUCGAAGUGAGCCCUGUUGCAUCAAAACCAAGUUAUUUAACCGACUGGGAUUUUAAGGACAUGACAGCCAGCUUCGGGGCUGAAAACUCACCAUCUACUGGAUCUAAGCACAAUGAUAAUUAACAAGAACAAUAACAAUCUUAAUCCAGAGAUAUAGCUGGAGGCUUCUCCAUUAAAUAUCACUGGAUUCA